CAAAAGACAACUCUCCCCCCUCCCAUCAGAACUCUAGAAAUUUGAGGUCUGAAUCCAACUCCCUCUUCUCUAAAGUAUACCCUUCUCGAUUCACGGUCUUCCUCUUGUGCGCUCUUUUCUUUCCAUCGGCAUGCCCGCUGUGUAUUCAGCCCUCGGUGGUCGGGCCGCCGACUUGGCCCCGCACCUGAUCAAGCGCGGUCUCACGGUGAAUCACACGCAAGCCAUUACUCUGGGGAUUAUGGCCGUUUACGUGGUCGUGAUCGCGCUUCUCUGGAAUUUGCCCUACGUUCGAUGGUCGCUGUGGCCGUUCAAGAUGCUGGUCAUCGCCUUUCACGAAUUCGGCCAUGCCAUCACCUCGUGCUGCACGGGUGGAAAAGUCAAGUCAAUCUCGCUCGAUCCUCACGAGGGCGGCGUGACCCACAUGCAAGGAGGCAUCAGCGCCAUCACCCUGCCGGCAGGGUAUCUGGGCUCAUCCAUCAUCGGUGCCUUGUUGAUCUUUGCGGGAUUUGAUAUUGUCGCCAGCAAAAUCGCAAGCAUCGUUCUUGGAGUCUGCUUUCUCCUAACUCUGUGGUGGGCGCGGAGAGAUUGGUUGACCAUCGGAACGAUUCUGCUCGCAGUAGGUCUAUUGGUGGCAUGUUGGUUCAUUGCUCACGGCGAGGCCUUGAGAUGGGUAGUACUCUUCAUCGGCGUCAUGUCUGCCCUAUACAGUGUGUGGGAUAUUGUAAGUCUUCCAAGGAUCAAAUUCGGCCAGACCUCUAACGUUCAAACUGUUCAGUGUGAUGAUCUCAUUCUCCGCAAGGUCAAUUCCUCCGAUGCUAGCGUUUUCGCUCGCAAAUAUGGAGGCUCUUCGCAAUGCUGGGGUGUCAUCUGGUCCAUCAUAUCUCUUCUGUUCAUGGCCAUCGGCAUCGUCGGGGGGAUCGCAGCCUUUCCCCAAUCAUUCAGCCAACAAGAAAGCGACUCCAAACACUUCAUUCCCACCUAGUGGAAACCCCGUGUACCUCAAAGUGACGUUACUAAUGACUGCAAUGCAAUACGUGAUUGAUUAUAUUUCAAAGAACAUGAGAUACAAGGACCUUUGAAUUGCCAGGAACGCUUCGGCGCCUCAGGCUGUUUACGCACGAUACCUAAGCCAGGGCCGCUCUUACUGUGACAGGAGCGAGUAUUUUAGCGGAAGAACGAUACGAAAUCUCACGUUAAUAUUAUGAAUUCUUACCCUCCGAAAAAAGUGUUGCCUAGUUGAAUCAUUAUCAAAUCAAA